UAAAUUAAUAGAUAGGAGACCGAAGGUAUAAUUAUUUCAAAGGAGAAUUAUCGUAGAAAUCCCCUCCACCCCCGAAGAUCCUGGCCACCGCCAUGCGCCGCUGAAUCCUCAAAUCCACCAUCACCACCACUUCCCUCAGUUCCCCGCUCCUACUCCACCCUUUCUCCAAUUCCUUGACGACGCCGCAAUCGAUUCCCUCGCAGAGCACGACUCCACCCAUAAAGCUUUAAUCUUUUUUGGCUGCUAGUAAGUAAUAAAAAUCAAUGUCAUUCCUCUCCUCCGUGUCUCGUUACCUUUUCUCACCAAUCCCACACAAACCCCUUGAUUUUUCGUUCGCAAAACUCUGUCUUUUCACCACAUCUUCACCGUCAGCCGAAAAGUUCUUGACCAAUUUGCUGGAAAAUAGGUCCAACACAGAAAAGGUUCUUGAAUCUGUGAAAGCAAAGCUGGAUGCUCCAUGCAUAAUUGAAGUGUUAAGAAGGUGCGCUGUUAAUGAACCCCAAUUGGGUCUCAGAUUUUUUAUUUGGUCUGGACUUCAUCCUACCUAUAGGCAUAGCUCAUACGUGUAUAGCAAAGCCUAUAAAUUGCUCAGACUUAAGAAUAAUCCGAGCAUUGUUGUUGAUGCUAUAUCGGCCUAUCGGGCAGAAAAUAGUGUUGUUAGUGUCAAGAUGUUAAAGGUUGUUCUGAAUUUGUGUAGGGAAGCUAAAGAUGAUAAGUUGGGCUUGUGGGUGUUGAGGAAAAUGAAGGAAUUUAAUUGUAGGCCUGACACUGUGGCUUACAAUGUGGUAAUUAGGUUGGUAGUGGAAAAGGGUAGAUUAGAUGAAGCACUGGGGUUGAUGAAAGAGAUGGGUCUGAUUGAUCUUUAUCCUGAUAUGAUCACUUAUGUUUCGAUGAUUAAGGGGUUUUGUGAUGUAGGGAGGUUGGAAGAUGCAUGCCAAUUGAUUAAGUCUAUGAAGGGGCAUGGGUGUGUGCCGAAUACAGUUGUUUAUUCGACACUUCUUGAUGGGAUUUGUAAGCAUGAGAGUUUGGAGAAGGCAUUGGAGUUUCUAGGGAAGAUGGAAAAAGAAGAAGAGGAAUGUAGGCCAAAUGUUGUAACUUAUUCGGCAGUGAUAAAGGGUUUUCUUGAGAAAGGGAAAGUGAUGGAAGCGUUAGGGGUCUUGGACCGAAUGGAGGAUUCAGGUCUUCAACCUAAUAGGGUGACAAUUACGGCUUUGUUUGAUGGGCUAUGCAAAGAGGGGCGUUUGGAGGAGGCUUGUAAGAUUAUCGAUAGAGUUAGUAGAGGUAGUGAACAGCAUGGUAAGUUCUAUGGUUUGCUUGUUGUGUCACUAUACCGAAUUGGCAAAACUAAAGAGGCAGAAAACAUUUUUAGGAUGAUGAUAGCUAGUAGGAUGAAGCCUAAUGGUUUGGUUUUGAGUACCAUCAUAAAAGCUAUAGUCUUGGAGGGAAGGGUGCUAGAUGGAUUUGGUUUGUUUGAUUCACUUGAAAAGUCUGGACAUUUUCCUGCUGUUGAUUCUGAAAUUUACUCGAUCAUAUUGGCUGGACUUUGUGAAAAAAGCCAUUUGGUGGAAGCUGCAAAGCUUGCUAAUCUGAUGGUUGAGAGAAGAAUUCAGCUUAAGCCUCCUUAUUUUCAAAAUAUAGUCGAAUACCUUGAGAAAUCUGGAGAAGAAGAUUUAGCUUCCCGUAUAGGUAGUAUUGACAGUUUAUUAUGAGCCAAGACUUGUGUUGUCCGUGACGGAGAUCCCUUUUCGCUAAUUGAGAAGAAUGUCUUUCCUUUGGUUUGUAAUUUCUUGAUUUUAGGAAUGGAAAGAGGCUGCUGUCUCCUCCUUUCAGCUUCUUGACUACUUAUGGGGAAGAAAAUGAUAUCAUUUAGACUAUAAUUAUUUAAGUAGUGAAAGAACACCUGAGGCAACAGUUACAGCGUGGCAGGUGGCCGAAUAAGCAGUCGAAUGAUGAGAAAUAGAGGGGACUUCUCACUGUAAACUGUAAUUGUUAAUGAGCAACAAACCUGUGCAGUAAAGAAAAUAUACUCUAUAGAGGCUAGCAUCUAUUUUCAUGCUUGAAUAUCCUUUCAGGCACCUUCAGAUGGCAAUGGAAAUUCUCCUAAUUUUGAAUAUAUAGAUCCGUCAUCAUGCUUCAAAAGGAACAACCCAAAGUCCUCUUGCAUAAGUUGGUGGUGUGAUAAAGGUUGAAAAACUAAAUCUUGAGCUUCUACCAUUGAACAUUAUAGUGCACUUCGAAACUGACUAUUACGGUUUGUUAGCUUCUGAAGAAGCAACUGUCAUUAUAAUAAACCUUGUGUUACUUGGAUUGUAGAUGCUUCUAGUAUGUAGUCGAUGUUAUACUUAUCUCAUCCUUUCUAGUUAGGUCUGGGAACGGACGAAGCUUUUCCAUGAACCGCGUCAUUCACUUAUAUUUGCGAGAUGAGUGUACCAAGCUUGAAUAUGAACAAUUCCAUGUAUGUAUAUUCUGUAGUUCUGUACA